UAGUAAAAUAUAGCAAUUUUUUUUUUCCUGACGACGCGAACAUAUACAUGGAGUCUAUGAUGAGUUAGUUAAGCAACUAAACUAAGAUUCUAAACAUAAUAUAUCUAGUUUACACGAAACGCAUAUAUAUUUAAGCACCUCUCUUGAUUACCAUUUACCACGACCGUAUAUUAAAAUGUCUGCUUUCCUCCUCAUCAGCUCCAUACUUUCACACUGCACAUUAAGCGCAUGGCGGCGUCCGCUGUUAAUGUAUGCAGGAGUGUGGACAGCCCUUCUUACAGUAACAGUUGCCUUGGCAGCGUUAGCCCCGGAAACCGCCUUUAUAUGGGCUAUAUCACCUUCGUCGUCGUUCUCGACUACCUGUAACUCAGACAGCAGCUUAAGGGUACCGGUGGACCUUCCAUCUGAGACCGUGUGCUUACCAGCUAAGUUUUUCCAACGUUCUAAGAUUGAUCUUUUGGUGCCUCCAAUAUUUGCUGCCCUUGUGGUUGCUAGCUCGGCUUGCGUAGUCAGAACAUUAGGCCUGUGACGAGUCUUGUUCGAGGACAAAAGUUAAUGCACAGCAGGAAGCUGAGGGGAUUAGGCAUUUUGAUCAAUGAUUUCUGACUUCCUUUGAUUUUUUUUUUUUUUGUUUUUCAAAACAGGUACAGUGACUCCAUUCAUUUGUGGGAGUAAAUAACAGUAAUACGAACUAGGAUUGUUAAAACACAAAUGGCUGCAAUCCUAUUCGAAAUUCAACAUGUAAUAAUUUACGAACUAUGUUCUUUUUGGUA